GCUAAGAGUGACGCUGUUUCCGGGAGGAACAGGGCAGUGCAGUGGAGCUGAGGGUCUGUGCCAGUGUGUUUGUGUGUAUUAGAGUAUAUUAAUGGGUUAAUAUGUGUGUAUUAUAGUGAGUUAAUGGGUUAAUGUGUGUUAGUGUGAGUGUGUGAUGAUGUCGGAGUCUCCGGAUACCCGCAGUCUGCUGUCUGCGUCCUCUCAGGUUAAUCUGAUGGAGAUAGAGGCGAUUGAUGAUAAGGAGUUUGAUAUCCCUCAAGUGGACACGCCGCCUACUCUGGAGAGCAUUCUGAAUGAGCCUGAAGAUGAAGAUGAGCAGUUCAUCCUGGAGGACACGUGUCUGCUGAGCACAGAAAACAUUGACGCUCAUUCCUGUGAGACCUCCUCUCUCGCCAGCUCUGACAGUGGAGACCGAGCACACCUGAAAAGGCGGAGGAGAGCAGUAGAGACUACCGCUACAGUUCAUGGAUCAGUUCUGAGACACAGUGUGCUGAAAGGCAUCUCGGCUCAGAUCGUCUCGGCUGCUGAUAAAGUUGAUGCAGGCUUGCCUACGGCCAUCACAGUGUCCAGUGUUAUCGCUGUGGGAACGUCACAUGGCCUGGCCCUCGUAUUCGAUCAGAACCAGGCGCUGAGGCUGUGUCUGGGUACCACGGCGACGGGGGCGGAGUAUGGCGCAGUGUCUGCUCUCAGUAUCAACCAGGAUUGCACACGACUGCUGUGUGGCUUUGCUAAAGGACAGAUCACCAUGUGGGAUUUGGCCAAUGGGAAGCUCCUUCGUACCAUCACAGACGCCCACCCACCCGGGACAGCUAUUCUGCACAUUAAGUUCACAGAUCUGCCGACGCUGGCUGUGUGUAACGACAGCGGCGGAUCAGUGUUUGAACUUUCAUUCAGGAGAGUGAUGGGGAUGAGGACGUGCGAGUCUCGCUGUUUGUUCAGUGGCAGUAAGGGUGAGGUUUGCUGUGUGGAGCCGCUGCAUUCAGGCCCUGAGCUUAAAGACCAUCCCAUCACUCAGUACUGCCUGCUGGCCAUGGCUUCACUCACCAAGAUUCUAGUGAUCGGACUGAAGCCUUCUUUAAAGGUCUGGAUGACCUUUCCAUAUGGCAAGGCUGACCCUGCCAGUGUGCCUCAGUUGGCGUGGCAGUUUGUGGCUGUACAGAAAGCAGUGAACCCCAUUCUAGCCUUCUGCAGAGGAGACACUGUCCACUUCCUACUGGUCAAGAAGGAUGAAUCUGGAACCGUCCAUGUCAUCAAACAGCGACAGCUUCAACUCAGCUGUGACCUCAUCAGUCUGACUUGGCUGAAUCCGCGCACGCUGGUUCUGAUGGACAGCGCGGAGAAGCUGCACGUUCUGGAUCGAGCCAGUCAGGAGGAGCUGGAGAUGCUGGACCUGUCAGAGGCCCAGCUGGUCUACAACAGCAGCCACUUCAAAUCCCUCGCUACAGGGGGCAACGUCAGCCAGGCACUGGCUUUGGUUGGGGAGAAGGCAUGCUACCAGUCUGUGUGCAGCUAUGGAGGUCAGAUCGUCUACCUUGGAACUAAGUCCGUCCACGUUAUGACCCUGAGAAACUGGCGAGAGCGUGUGGAUAAUUUACUGAAGCAGGAGAAGUUUACGGAGGCUCUGUCUUUAGCCUGGUCGUUCCACGAGGGCACGGCCAAAGCUGUCCUGGGUUUGUUUGGGGAUCCUGUAAAGAGGAAGGGGGUGGUGGCGGAUAAGAUGGUGGAGAUUUUGUUCCAGUAUGUGGAUCGUUCCCUCAAGAAAUGUCCCGAGCAGGGAAAGAUCCAAGUCCUUGAGCAGCACUUCCAGGACAUGGUUCCCAUCAUGGUGGAUUACUGUCUGCAUCUGCAGAGGACGGACCUGCUGUUCAAUCAGAUCUACAGCAGGCUGGUGGAGAACUCGGUGGCUAAGGGUGUGUUUCUGGAGAGUCUGGAGCCGUACAUUCUGAGCGAGCGGAUUGGCUGCCUGACCGCGCCCGUCAUGAGGGACCUGCUCAGCUACUUCCAGGAGAACGGCAUGAUGGAGAGCGUGGAGGGCUGCCUGGUGCACAUGGACAUCACUAACCUGGAUAUACAGCAGGUGGUGCAAAUGUGUUGGGAUAACCAGCUCUAUGAUGCCAUGAUCUACGUCUUCAACAGCGGCAUGAACGACUACAUCAGCCCUAUGGAGAAACUCUUCCAAGUGAUCGGUCCUCCUCUGCGUGAAGGAAAGCCUCUCACAGGUACUGACUAUAGAUGUUAUCUUCCUGCAGAUGAGCAGGUGGUCAUGGGAAACAAGCUUCUUGUCUACAUUAGCUGCUGUCUGGCUGGACGAGCUUAUCCUCUAGGAGACAUUCCAGAAGACCUGGUUCCUCAAGUCAAAAAUCAGGUGUUCGAGUUCCUCAUUCGCUUGCACACAGUCGAGGCCACCCAGGAGGAGGAGGUGUAUCCCUACAUCCGGACUCUUCUGCACUUUGACACGAGGGAAUUCCUCAACGUCCUCGCUCUGACGUUUGAAGAUUUUAAGAAUGAUAAACAGGCUCUGGAGUACCAGCAGAGGAUUGUGGAUAUUUUACUGAAGGUGAUGGUGGAUAACUCUGACUUCACUCCGUCUCAGGUGGGCUGUCUGUUCACCUUCCUCGCCCGGCAGCUCGCCAAACCCGACAACACGCUGUUCGUCAACAGGAAGCUGUUUGAUCAGGUUUUGGAGUUUCUGUGCAGUCCGGAUGAUGACUGCAGACACACAGAGAGACAACAGGUGCUUUUGGAGCUUCUUCAGGUGGGAGGCGUGGUCCAGUUUGAUGAGGGGCGGCUGCUUGCUCUGGCAGAGAAAGCAGAGUUUUAUCAGAUAUGUGAGUUCUUGUAUGAACAGAAGCACCUGUAUGAUCGAAUCAUUGACUGUUACCUGAAGGAUCCUUUAAGAAAGGAGGAGGUUUAUAACCUCAUCCAUAACAUCCUGUCCAUGCCUGGCUACAGCCUGGAGGAGAAGACCACCACAUGGAACAAAUCUCUGCAGCACGUUAAGGAGCUGGUUAGCAUCAACCCAGCUAAAGCAGCUGAGCUGAUUUCUGGACACUUCUCCAGUGAGGUGGAGCCCAUUAUCACUGCACUACAGGACGAUUAUUUGGUGUUCCAGUUCUUGAAGAACCUGUUGGAUCCAAGUGAAGGUCACUCUCCUGAGGCCGGGUUGAAGCUGGGUCCGGAGCUGUAUGAGCAGUUGGUGGGCUUGCUUUGCCGUUUUAACCCCUGCCAGGUCACAGGCUUCCUCCAGACCUCCCAGCACUACCGCCUGGAGGAAACCAUCGAGAUCACCAGGCAGCACAAGCAGCACGAAGCCACCGCCUACCUGCUGGAGAAAAAGGGGGAUGUUCAAGGAGCCUUCGACGUUCUGCUCCAGACACUGAAGGACAAGCUGCACACAGUAACUGAAGAGCCUUUACCACCUUCUGGGCUGAAGGGAAGUGAAGCAGGAGAUGAAGAGCAGACGCCCAUGGCCAGAGUAAAUGAAGCCCUGAGUGACAUCAUCUCACUGUGCCAAAGGAGCUCACAUGGCCUUAACCAGCAGCAGAGAGAGGCUCUCUGGUUUCCUCUGCUUGAAGCCAUGAUGUCUCCGCAGAAACUCCUCAAAGGUCCCAACGCCAAGCACACUUCUGAGGCACUGAAAGAGCUCACUAUGACAGUAUUAAACAGCAUGUCCAGCUUCAUCGCCCUGCCUGCCAUCAUCCAGCGCAUUCUGCAGGACCCUGUGUAUGGGAAGGGAAAGUUGGCAGAGAUCCAGGGCCUCAUCCUCGGCAUGUUGGAGACAUUUAACUACGAACAGACUCUGUUAGAAACCACUACCAAUCUGCUGAACUCAGACCUGCACUGGUCUCUGGCGCACCUGCGUAAAGCCGUCAGCAGGGGGCUCCACCCCCGGCAGGACCACUGCAACAUCUGCCUGCAACAGUACAAGAGGCGACAGGAGAGCGAGGAGGAGGUCAUCAUCUUCAGCUGUGGCCACCUUUACCACUGCCAGUGUCUGCAGAGGAAGGAGCAGGGGGUUAUUGUGAAAGAGCCGGGGCUCGUAGGAGACAGAUCUCAGUCAUGGAUCUGUUAUAAAUGCACCUCCAGCCAGGGCUCUCGGCCAGGUGAGCGGGUCUCCGCUGAAGGCAGAAGAGCCAGGUCCACCUCCCUAGCACAGACCAAAGUGACGUCCACGCACCGGGGGAGCGCCGCAGAGGCUCAUGGGAGAAAGGAGCUGGCUGAAGUUACAUUAGAUGCCCAGCAGACACAGGCCUGGGAUCAGCUCCGCUGCAUGUACAGAGGACCCUCCAGAUUGGCAAUACUGACAGAAAUCACACAUUCCCAUAGCAAUGAGAAGCCUGGGCUUCUGAACCCCACCCACCCGGGAACCGGCAGCAUCUACCACAGCGAAAACUUCAGCCUCAAGCUUUCUCCUCCUCCAUUAGUGGAGGAAUAGGAAAGACUCCGCCCACUGUUACAGUUUCUAAAUAAAAGCACUACCAUAUCUCGAUCAAAA